AUGUCGUACCGUACAAUUGCUUCAACUGAUUCAGAGAAUGAACAUUUCAACGAGUCAGUUGAUAUGAGACCGUCUUUUCCAAAAACAAAACCUGGAUCAAAACGUGCUGCGGAAAAAACAAGUGUGAAAAAACCUAUGAAAAAAAAGCAGAUUAAAAUGAAUGCAUCAUACAGAGAUAAUAUCAGCGAAUGUUUGAGUUCAGAAGACUUUGAUGUUGAGGUAUUUAAUUCGCUAACAUUUAGACAAGGGGAUGGCGUUUGGAAAAUAAAGACGUCUUUUGAAGAAAAAGGAAAGGAGGUUUGGGUAAAAAGCCAUUAUUAG